AUGCAGGACGACGCGUAUGAGGAGUUUGAGUGUGAUGAAGACCCUACAAGGAGUCCUGAAGGAAUCGAAGAUGAACAUAAAAAACUAAAGGAAGAUGAUGACUCGGUGAAGACUCAUCAGAACCCAAGGUACAAAGAUGCAAAAUUUAUUGCAUUUUAACAUCUUAGCUCUAAGUAUCCUCUGGGAAGUGAUUUAGGCCUAAAACUAACUUCCAUUAUGAGAGGAUCUAUUUAGAAACAAGAGUACAUGAAAUUUGUUUUUUAAUUUACUUAGAUAAGAAUUGCAAAAAAAAAAAAAAGAAGAGGCAUAGCCAGCCCACAGACUGGAAGUCCCAGGCCUAAAAAUGUUUGGUUUGUCCACUCAACCACUUGUAAUAAAUUAUGCAUCGUUGGGGUGGGCUAGAUAGCUUAAGGGCUCAAAGUUGUCAUGUGUGCAAUCAACAGAAUUAUUAUAAAAAAGCAUUUUUCAGGAUGUAUGUGAGAGUAAAAUCCCAACCCACGAUUAGCCAGGUUUACAACAAGUUGAAAAACUGGCAACACCCUGAGAAAAACAAUAAAAAUGAUAAUCAUUUUUUUUAUUGUUAUUUUAUUAUUUCAGAUGCUAUGAUUAAAUGAGUAUUUCCUUUCAAUCAUUUUUUAGAGGUUGGAUCUACAAGGAAAAAACAUUCGAGAGGAACCGAAGGGAAUUGUUUUCCUUUCCAAACUUCUUCUUUUGUUUCAGUUCUGCCACUUGUGUUUCUUUUCAAAACCCAAACUUUCUGUAUCACAGACAGGUACCUUGUUUACCGUAGAAAGUUUCUGCAGAAACUGUAGCCAGACAAAAGUCUGGAAGAGUCAACCAGACCUGCUAGGAAAGUUUCCAGCAGGUAACCUGCUAUUAAGUUUUGCAGUGCUCUGUGAGCCGAGUGAAAAGAAAGAAACGAUACAUUAA